AUGGAACUCAGAGACCAAAUGAAGAGUGACUGGAGUCCAUACUGUCAGCCAGCGACGGAGUUUGAUCAUUGCAGUGAGCUGAACGGCAGCUACAUGAGGCCGGAGGACGAUUCAGAGCCAUACUGCAACAUCUGGACAGAUGCAGAACCUGCAAGGGUUCCGACCUGUAGCGGUCACUCAUUUGCAAUGGAAGCCCGUAUAAGACUGGAUAACCUGAAGUCUGGGUGUAAUCCAUCUUCACCGCGCUGCGGCACAAAAAGGAUGUUGUUCAACUACGACAGUGAGAAAGACCUCUGGGACAGUGAGGAGUCUGCUCUGGACAUGGUGGAUAUCCUGGAUGUAGAGGAUGACGUGCAUGAUGAGGAGAGCUGGCUCUAUGAGCUUCCCAGGAAGUCUGUAGAGGAGAAGGAGUCUGCUCUGAAAUGGUGCCGACACGUCCUGGAUAACCCCAGCCCGGAGGUGGAGGCUGCACGUCAUGCACUUCUGAAUACGCUGGAUCAAAAAUCAAGACGUCACGUCUACAGACAACCUGCAGUUUAUCACCAGGCUGCCGAUGUCCCCCUGGGCUCCUCUUCGGACAUGUCGGACAACUCCACACACCCCACCUCUGGCCGUUUAGGUAAUGUCUUCAUAACAGACUCAGGAGCAUAG